AUGGCCGCACACGUUGACGCGGCAAUCGACGAACAACCAGAAGGCGGCUCAAAUGUUUACGAAGAUUUUCUUGAUGCAAUUUCGAGGGGUACAAAGGACGAUGUGGAGCGAUUUUUACGGCAAGCGAAUUCAGACGAGUGCAGGGAUAGUCGAGACGAAGAUCCAACAUGUGUGUCUCACAAGCGACAACUUACGAAAGCCCUCGAAGACGAAGAUGCUGUCACAGUUUGGAAAUUAAUAGCAAGAGCUAAAGAGUCGGAGCUCAAGACGAUAGAAAACCUAAACAAGACAUGCGAAACUGUCGCAGAAAAUGAGUGCCUGAAAGAGAAAGGGCUGAUCAAGUAUCUUUGGGGAAAGCUACGCGGCCAAAUCAGAUCUGCUAGAGGACGUGAUACUUCCGCUUGUAUAUUCCGAGAAAGCAGGCCACCACAAACUGAAUUUCAACACGAAGAAGAACAACAGUGGAUACGUAUACUUUCUGAUCCACUCUACAUUGGUUUGGAAUGGCUAUGGAGAAAUAAUUCACAGCUGACAUCCACCGCUAUCCAAUACCCGAAGCGGAGAGAAAGUAAGCUUGAAGACAUCAUCGAGGCUGCUUUGGAUGAUGCAUACCUGCUGGAAAAAAUUGCUCGGUACGAGCAUCAUUACAGUCGGGAUGAGUACUACAAGCGAGCAUUGGAGUGUGAGAAAUUUGCGGCUGAUGUUGUUGAAGGAUGUAACUUCAGCCAACUUCAGGAGAUAAUGGAUACCGAUGGUAAUGGCUGUUUAAUGGCGAAGAAACCUAAGAAUUUAAACACGAGCCUGAUUCUUCUCAAGUUUGCUGCCGACAAAAAACAGAAAGAUGGUUUGUAAAUCAUUUAUUUUAUUUUUUUUACACGUUUAAGGUAACCUAAGUUAUAUGGCUAAAACUUAUUCACUGGUUCAUAAAGUAUGACAGCUUAAAAAGCAUAUCAAACCCACAGAUUCACUAUGGAAUAACUUGAGCGUCAAGCAUUAACACCGAGUUUUCAAUUCCAAUCUAAAUUACCAUGAAUAAUUAAAACCACUUACUUAAGAAGAAAUUUUAAAAUUGCUACAACAAAAAAUGUUCCGUGAUUUCCGCCUUUGAAAUAAUAUACACUAUUGAAUCGAAUGGACUGGACUCUUUCAUUUUUCUCGGAAAGUGUAUUGCAAACAUUUCAAUCUUCAAUCGGGUAAAACAAACAGUCAUUUGAAUUAAUAUUCAGCAGAGCAUUUAUUUAGUGAUCACGAAAUCGCUGAUCUAAGACUAGCCAAAUGAAAACUGGGGAUGCUGGAUGGUACACGUACAAUCAAUCUCUUUUAGCUAGGUUGUUAUUAACUGAUUUAUAUCAUUUCGUGUGGCUGUUCAUGAAAAGCACGUGUGAAGCAUAAUCUAGAUGGCAAUGCCAAGUGUUUUUCCAUUUAGAGUAAGAUGACAAUAUGACGUGUAUUUCGUUGCUUUUGUCGUAAUUUGGACCCCGUGAAAAUAAAGAGCGGUAUGAAACUGAAGUAUUGCUUGGGAUAUAAAAUCAUAGUGAAAUCUUGACAUUAUUUACGUCAAAAAAUUAUGUUAUUCACCCUUUUAUUCCAGGAAAGUAUGGGUAGUACACUUAAAAAAAAUAAAACUCUUGUCACUGUGUUUAAAAACAAAGACUAAGCCGCUGAGUCAAAUAAAAAAAAGGUUUGCCAAUGUGAUAACUAAGAUAGUGAAAUAUAUUAUUAAAUUGAAUGGUGAGUAAAAGUGUUUAUUGAAGCAGGACCCUGCCUCUUCAAAGACUUAAGAAAAAAUUGGGCUGGUCAUUGACAAAUCAGUGGCCCCAACCUUGGUGUCCAACAAUGUUUUCCUAAGUCUUUAAAGAGGCAAGCGCCCGCUUAAAUUAAACAAGUUUACUCACCAUUCGAUUUACCAACCCUCUUAAUAUGAACGUGAAGAAGUAAACUCCUAUGAAACAGAAAAAACGACCUUUGCAAAAAUAUAGUAACAAAUAAGGCGAGAAAAAUAAAUACAAAGAUAUGUCGGGACAAAAACUUACCAAAUUCUGAGGUAAUAUGCGAAUCAUGAAACACUCGAAGGAAAAAGGUUCAUAUCGUAGCAAAAAUAAAGUACACGGGAAGUGCGUGACACAUGAAAUGUGAAGGGUGGCGUAAUUUACAUAAAAUGCCAAAAUAACGGUGCAUUAAUGAUACGUGAAAAAAACGAAAAGGGUAGGCGUAAAUUAGUGGUUGCAAAUAAUUUAGGACUUAUAUGUUAGAAAUCAAGAAAUUACAAAUUUAUCAAAACAAUCUUUUCCUUUUCAAUUCGCAGUUUGUAGCAAGCCCAAAAUGUCAGUGGAUUCUUAACGAGAUUAUAUACUAUGAAUGGCCUGGUUGGCGGGAUAAAAGCAGACUGACCAAACUGGCUUGGUUCUUCUUCCAACUACUGCUUGUAGCAGUAUCGAGCGUCUUCUACAUACCGAUACGGUUGGUUCGUAAAUUUUAUCGUUGCUGUAACAAUGAGAAGAUUUGGGAAUUCAGAGAGCUUUAUGAGCAUCCCUAUUCCAAGUUUAUUAACCACACGAUGUGGUAUCUGGUGUUUCUCUCAAUGAUAUUCUUGACCUCCUUUGACGACAAGUUUGAAACUUCACCGACUGGGCUGAUAUGGUGUGGUAAGUGUCAUAAAUUUAAUUUUCACUCACAUCGACUUGGCUUUUUUUUGUUCGUUUGAUAGCCCGCAGUCAUCAUUUAUUUCCAGUGUACUACACUUAAAAAUUUUAAGCAGUUUGGGUUUCAACCUUACGAUUUGAAUUAAGAUUAAAUAGCUGAUGUAAAGAAAGAAAAAUUAGCGAAAAACAAGUAUACAGGUCAACCUAUUAUUACAUAUCUAUUACUUGUGUAGAAUAUCACCCUUUUACAGUCUAACAUUUCAAAGUCAUGUUUUCCUUCUCUCUAUGGUUAGCCUCCAAAACGCCCAGAAAAACACAGUUUUCAUUUUGAAUUUGCCAGAGCAAAAGUACAUUUACAACUUAUUUUGAAUUGUAUGAAGACGACGUAUAUCAAUCAAUGCUUGACGCGCGUGUGCUGUUGUGCUAAACAACUGUAAAUUUUCUUCACAGACUAUGUGGUGCUUUCGUUUGUUCUUGGCUUACUUCUACAGGAAUUUCUCGAAGCUCGCAGACAAGGAAUUUACAUUUAUAUAUCAAAGUGGUGGAAUGUCGUAGACACGCUGAUCAUCUUGACUUUUCUGGCGUCCUUCGCUGUGUGGUUGCUCUCCUGUCUGUACUUUAGAAAAUGGAAACCUGAGGAAGCAGCGUUUGUUCUAGCCGAUGUGUUGUACGCAAGUGCAUCCGUUAUGGCAUAUUUUCACCUGACGCAUAUAUUUCAGGUUGAUUCGAUACUUGGCCCUCUACAGCUGUCACUUUACAAAAUGCUCAAAGAUGUGCAAAGAUUCCUCUUUAUCUUCCUUGUGCUGUAUUUCUCGUUUACUAAUGGCGUCGUAAAAGUCUACUCUUACUAUGAAAGCUCGAAAACUGAACUGCAGAGAAAAUGGAACCACACUGAGAAUGAGGAAUCCCAUCCGUACGCGGAGUAAGAGAGCUUUAAUAAGAAAUAUCUUUAUCCAAUAACGUCCAACAUUAAGUAUAAUAUAUUUUUGAGAUAAGAAAGCUUCUCCGUAAGGUGUUUUUUUUAUUGCAAAUUAGGUAUAACUAAUAAACUUAUGGCUUCAGCAUUUCCCGAAAGCAAACGAACGGCGAGUCAAUGGUGAUAAACUCGUUCUGAAUUUCAUCGACUACUGAGAGAUGAACUUACUGAGUAGCCUUUCAGCUGAUAAUGCAGAAGCUCGAGAAACAGUGGAGCGCUCGGCCCUUUGCAAAGCCAGCACCCAUUUCACAUGUCUGCAUUGUAUGUGUGCUAACAUAGAGUUACUUCAUGUCGCAUUUCCUAAUUGAAGUUGUUGUUUAUACAUGUACAUAAUUAAGCCGAACAAAAACACGACUAUAGGCCACCUUGAAACAAAGCUUUAAUCUGAAACAUGGACAUUGGCAUCGAAGAAGGCUACUUAAGCUCGGUGAUUUUCGUUCGGAAACACAAAAGUUAGAAGUUGUUUAGAGGAAUGCGAAAAUUUCAUUCUUGCGUCUGACUAUUUAUAAUAUGCUGAUAUCUUUUGCUUCUCAGUCACAAGAGCGCGUUUAUAGCGUUAUUCUGGUUGCUGCUUGGCCUCGUAGAAGAAGACAAAAUUGAGGUAAAAGACCCAGUGUUUGCUCUCACCGCCACAUUUGGUCGUCUUUUCCUGAUGGCUUACGUGAUUUGCACUGUAAUAGUGGCUUUGAACAUGCUGAUCGCCAUGAUGAAUAAUUCGUUCGAGAGAAUCAUGGUGAGUAUACACCCAAAAUAAAUACCAUUGCCGCAAGUCAGUCAGAUUUGACCCAUAUUCAAGAAAGUUUUAGUCCAUCGAAUAAAUUCCUAACUGCGUUGUUUUUUUGAAACGAGCAACCCCCGCUACUGAAAAACCUUCUCAACUUCUUGAUUUCUUCUUCACAAUUCAAUUUUAGAAAAACUCCGAAAUUGAGUGGAAAUACUCAAGAUCCCGAAUGUGGCUGGAAUGGAUUGACAAAGGCAACACGAUGCCGGCACCCAUCAACAUGGUCUAUUACACCUUGUAUGGGAGUAUUCUAUUUGCUGACAAAGUUUCUGGGAAAUUCAGAGAAAAAUGCUGUUGUCGUCGUGGUAAUGGGGUAAGGAAGAGAAGAAGUUUUAUUUUUUGUAGAUCACUAGGAGGGUAUUGACUUUUCUUAUCACCUGUUGUUUCUAAGUCUUUCUAUAUUAGCCGGGAAAAAUGCGUCUCUCAAACUCCACCAAAACCGUACAUUUCAUUUAAGAUGGGAAUGUAGAUAAUUGAAGUAAUGCACUGAUCGCUAAACUAGCAUUUACGAUAAGACCGUGAAAUUAAGGCGUUGAUUCAUUCUCAUUUCUUAAAUUUCAUCUCUUUGUUAAAGGAACUAGACGAAGUGCAGGCGCAAAGAGAGGUAUGCAGGACUGAUAAAUGAGAAAUUCUGUCAAAACCCAAAAUCAAGGUCUAACUUCCUUGAUAUGUAAUAAUAUUUGUAAUGGUAAUGAAAUGCAACUCUUAAUUUUUUUUUCAGAGAGACGAGAUUACCGCCAGAAAAGAGGUACAUGUAAGCUUAGAGUAAAACUUUGACGUGUUUUUCAUGUAACAACGAGAGAAUUGAUCCAGCGAGCCUUGUAGCAUGCGAAAACAAUUGCAACAAAUGCUCCUAAAUGAAAUCGAUAGAGUAUCAUGAUAAAGAGAGUGAGAGAAAAUGAUGAUGAAUAAUGUCUUUGAUCUUAUUAUGUCAUCCCAGAGACGAAAAGAAACGAUGAAGGAAUUGGUGAUGAAAUAUCUAAGGGGCCGCUACUUUGAAAAAUGCGAGGAAGACAACUUAAGUGGAGAUAAGACAACGGAUGACAAAAAGUGGGAAAGCGGGAAAAAAGAGAGCUCCCAGUUCAUUGAGGAAAACAUUAAGUUACUUAGACGAUUGGUUGAUCGUCAGGCGAAGGAGCUUGCCAAACUUAAUAAAAUGAUGGACACAUUAGUGAAGUGA